GACAGCGUCUUCUCCACGCAGCGAAGACGACGCACGCUUGGCCAGCCUGUUCCACGUUCUUCCGCCAUUAUAAAGCGCCGUGGCGGCGUACCCGCUAUUCCCCGGUGAGAAGAGGCGACGUUCUACGACGCUUACCGACGCUCGGCGUCGUCGAGCGAGUGAGCGAGCGAGCGAGCCAAGCGAAGCGGGCGAGCGAGCAACUAACGAGUGACUAGUGAGUCGAAGUAGCAGCCGCGCGAGUUGUCCGGCGGAUUUCGUACGCGGAUCGGAUCCCGGUGGUCGGGCGGCAGCAGAGUUGCUCCGCCGGAGUAGUUAAUCGUAAUCGCGCGGCGGUUGCUAAGCGGGACGAGCAUCGUGCGUGAGCGCGAGAAGCAGCUCAGAACACGCUACCGCGAAGAGGAAGAGGAAGAGGAGGAGGAGGAAGAGGAAGAGGAGGAAGAGGAGGAAGAAGAGGAAGGAGGCGAAAAGAGACGCCGGCAGACGGAAUGGAGAACAGGCCGACGCCGCUGCGCUCGCGGCGCGUCUGCCGUUUCUGCUUGUCGGACUCGGAGCCGCUGAGCUUCAUCUACGAGCGCGACCCCAACAAGCCGUUCCAGGUGCCGCUCGCGCUGCAGAUCAUGUCCUGCGUCGCCAUCGAGGUGUACGCCGCGGACGGGAUGCCGCAGAUGCUCUGCAACAUGUGUCGCUGGAAUCUGGACCGCUCGUACAAAUUCAAGCUGCAAUGCAAGAAGGCCGACGAAGCAUUGAGGGACUAUCCCCUGUCUGGAGUGUUGCCGAGACCCUUUCCGCCCCUCCCCACCGAUCCACCGACGGAUAUCAGCAAUAAGAGAUCUGCCGAGAGAUCGCAGAAUGAGGUCUCUAAGAAGCAACGUACCUUUGAUAACGACAGCAGAGACACCAGAGAGAGACGUGAGACCAGAGAAAGGGAGAGGGAGAGGGAAAGAGAGCGUCAAAACGAAAAGCAGAGAGAGAAGGCCAGCGAGCAUCUUUAUGAAGAGGAGCAGGACGGAGGCAGCGAGGGUGACCAGGAAGUGAGCAACAUCAAGGAGGACAGGAAAUUAGAACCAGGAGAGAUCAGAGUGCAUGCAUGCGAUCAAUGCGAACGCACGUUUCCCUUGCGUCAGGCUCUCUUGUUGCACAUUCAGCGCGGGCACCGCGACCGCAAUUACAAGUGCACCGAGUGCGAUCGGCACUUUUUUACCAAGUACGACUUAGGCAAGCACAUGAGCACGCACUCGGAUGAAAAACCGUACUCGUGCUCGAUCUGCCAGAAGCAGUUCUCGCGGUUGAAUCUACUUCAACGUCACGAGAAGGUACAUAGGGAUGAAACGCGGUACGCCUGCCAGCACUGCGACCGCGAGUUCUUCACCACGGAAGAGCUCGAGAAGCACGAGGACUCGGUGCACAAGAAGGAGAAGCCGUUUCAGUGCAACAUCUGCAACAAGCGCUUCCAAUACAAGCAGGGUCUGGAACGGCACGAGGUGCUGCAUAAUGAAGAUAAGACGUUCGUGUGCGAUUACUGCAAGGAGGCCUUCCAUACCAGUACGAAACUGGCCCGCCACCUGUCUACUCACGCUGGUCAUCGGCCGUACAUGUGUAAAUUAUGUCCGCGCACGUUUCUACUGUCGCAUCAUUUGACCAGACAUAUGCGUACGCAUUCGGUGGAAAAGCGCCACGUUUGCGAGGACUGCGGCAAGGCGUUCAAGCGUAAGGAAAGUCUGGAGGUGCACCAGUUGACGCAUACGAAACGCACGGGGAUGGGCCUUACUUGCGACGUUUGUCAAGAAUCUUGUCGCAAUCGUGCCGAUUAUGUUACUCAUAUCAAGCAGCAUAUUGAGGCAGGUGAAAAAAUGGGCCCGGACGGCUUGCAGCCCGACACCAAGAAGAAUCUUGAAUUGGAUUCUGAUGAGGAGGAAGAGGAGGAGGAUCAGUAUUCUGACGGGGAUGAUGAUUAUGAGCCACCGGCGUACAUUGUGAAGAAGUUGCCGAAACCGCCGAAGCCGCCGAAGCCCUCGGAGAGUGAAGAGGAGGAGGAGGAAGAAGAGGAGGGAGAAGACAAGGAGGAGAAACCCGAUAAACCAGAGAAGGAGGAACGCAAGGUGGUAUACGUGCGUGGCAAAGACGGCAAUAUGGUGAAAAAGACCAUUAAGACGCUGAUGCCCAUCCAGCGUCGCGACGUUCAAGAGCAGAAGGUCACGAAACAAACCACUCCGACCAGCUCCGCUUCUCAAAGCAGCUCGAAAGGCUCCGCGUCGUCACAGAUUAAGGAUGAAAGCUCCAAGAGUGGCCGUGUGGAUGAGACUGAGGCGCAGGUGCAGAAGAUCGUCGCUUCGGUGUUUAAGGAACACAAGAUCCCACUGAAGCACCAGCAGAACCCCGGCCAGGAUCAGUCUAAGGAGUCGCUAGCACCUGUAACGAGAUCCCAGAGCGCUUCCCAGGAAAGUCACAAGGACGGCGACAAGGCAGAGACCCCGGCAUCCGCUCCGAAGGCUGUCAACACCGUCAAGGUGAUUAAAAGAAUUGUGCUGAGAAAAUCGGCAGGAGGCAGCAACGAAGGGACGGCAGUUAGUACACCCGUUGUCAAGGAAGGGGACAUCUCUCUGAGCAGCACUCCCGGCUCGCAUAAAAUCAAGCGAGUGAUCGUUCGUAGAAUUAUCCGCCAGGGUGACACUACUCGCGAAGUUAUCAUGAAUCCGGACGGUACCGCGAUAGAUCCCGCAGAGCUGGCGAAACUGCCGACCGGCAACGUGGUGAAGCGAGUGGUGGUGAAGCGACCGCUCGACAAGAGUCAGAACCUGGUACAGGCGGUGUUGCAGUCCGCGGAACAACGUCAGAAAGCAGAGGACGCUGUUUUGAACGAGAAAUUCGAACUGAAGACCUUGGCGUCGUCCAGCGGUGGCACGCCGAAGAGCACCACUGUGGCCGCUCCGCAAAAGACGCAAGUGGUCGCCCAGGGGCAGGAUCGGGAGACUAAGGAGAAGCUGGAGCAGUUGGAGAAGCGUGUGGAGCAACAGAGAUUGAAGAUCGAGGAGCUGCAAGCGAGGAAAGCACAGCAGGAUUACGAGGCGAUCGACGAGAUGCUGCCGGAGCGACACGACGAGUCCGAGGAUGAACAGCAGUUGCCGCUCAAGAGAGUGUUCGUCAAACGGAAACAGAGUAUAUACGACGAAGAGCGGGAGUACAAUGACGAGACGGAUACGACGAAGGGUGACCCGACCCAAGAGUCAGAAAAAGACGAGACGGAGCAAGUUAUGGUAAAGCAAGAGGACAAUUCUGUCGCAGAGGAGACGUUGGAAAAUGUUCAAACAGAGGUCCAGAGCACGCUGAAAACGACGGUGACCGGUAGCAGCAGCAGCAGCAGCAACACUACGUCAACCGCCACGCCAGCUCCGAAGAAGGGCCCGACGAUCUCCAGCAACAAGGUGUAUUCGAACAAGCGUUACAUGAUCGUGAAGCCGAGCGAUACGUCGGAAGUGGAGGAGAUGAGCCGCGAAUUGUGCAGCAUUUUCGAGACUACCGACAACGUGGUGAAGAUGCAGGAGACGGUUCUGAGUAACCUCUCGCAGAUUUCCGGUAUCGCAACUUCGACUACGUCGGACGUGAACGCGUCCGCGAAAGAAAAGACCGACUCGGCAAUGGAAGUCGACGAGCAGGAUUUGGUGAUGGAUCAAGACAUAAGAUGUCAUGCAGAUGACAUACAGAGGAUCGAUGAGGAGAACAUGAAGGAGGAGACGGCGAUGGAGGUUGAGGUCGCGCAGGAGACGGAGAUCAAACUGGACCCCGAGAUGGAAGAGCCCACGCAGGUGAUCGCCGUGCAGGAGGAGAGUCAGCCAGACUCCGGUGCUAUCACGCUGGACAAUCAAGACCUCUCCGAGACCACUUCGAUUUUCGAAGCGUCAGACGACGUGCUGGAGGUACAGAAAUCGACGGCCGUUAGUCUGAGCGAUUCCGUCAUCGAGUUGUCGCAGGGCAACGACACUAUCAAUCUGAACGACACGAACGACAGCCAGGACAGCUUGGAGGUCAAGCUCUCGCAGAUGGAGGGUUGAAGGAGGUCUAUUUUUUUUUCUUUUGCUCGACCGAGGUGCUGCACCAAGUAAAAAUCAUGCUCUCGAAUUCACUGUAAGAUUUCUGAGGUCUCUCGCACGAUUGGUAAUAAUUAAUUUUGAUACUUAGUAUUCAAAAUUAAUCGCUGUUCAGUUUGGUUGACGUCAAUAUUAACGUUCCGGCAGUGGACCGUAUUAUCGGUAUUAUUGAUAUUAUGCAAUCGAGAUUGAGUAAAAAAUAGAAUAAUACAACGUUGCAAUUAUGAAGCAAGUAUAAAAAAAUUGCAUUAUUGAAAUUGAUUUUGCAUGUACCUAAAUUGAGUUUGAGUCAUUUAAUAUAAAAUAAAGCUCGAGAUCGUUUUAACACUUUAGCUGCAGAAUACGCAUAUAUACCAUAGGACGUAUAUAUACGUACGAAAAAGAAACCUCUCAUUUGCGUAAUGUAUUCCCGUCUAU